AUGCCGAUAAUCCAACUAGAGCCACAUCUGUUCACUAGCCUCCCUCGUCACCCAGAUCUUCAAGGGGAUGCCAACACCCCAGAUCUGCGGGAGUUCAUUCACGCCAUCCUAGUUGAAGCUCAGCCUCUCCUAAACCAGUUUCCAUCGACGCUGAAACCAGACUGCAAGCUGCGCUCUUCUCCACCCUCAAAGGCAAAGGUGAAGCUUUCACGGGGAUGGCGAGCACUGCAAUCCCCCCAAGAGGACUCAAAAUCUAAAAAGGAAUUCUGGGUAUGUCGCCAAAGUGACCACCAAGACUCCGAUCGUUUGCCUGGCACAGUUUCCCUAUGGGAAUUCCACGACGGGCUGCGAUACAACCAUGCUGAGCACGAGAUGGAGUACACACCCAGUGUGACGAGCGUAAAGCAACUGCUGAAGUGGAACGAGCCGAGACACUGGGAUCUCAACCAACCACUUACUGUUGGAAACAUCAACUACAAGCAUUUCGAGGUCGAACUCAAUCUUAUUGUCCACACCUUCCACCCAAGCGCACUAAUCCGGCCCCGGGCCUUCAUAUCCUGGACUAUGUCGGCGACUUUCGCCAGCUCAUACCCAGCAACCCAAUCCAGCCCAUGCCACGGGUUUAUGACUGUACAGGUUCCUUUCUAUUUGCCUAAGCCGAACAUGCCGGGAUCCCAAUUCGAGGGACUGUAUGCCCAGAUCAUGGAUAUCGUUCCCCAGCGGGCAGUCUUCGCUUACUAUGCCAGUCUCGAGCGGGUUGAGCGUCUGCUGCUUCCUACUCCGGCCUCUUCGGAUCCGUCGUCUACGGCAAAUUUGAAUACCCCUGCUACUUCUACUGAUCACUACCUUCGGUGGACUAUGUUGACGACUUCUGAGGCUGGUGGGAGUAUUCCCAAGUGGGUUCAGCGGAGCUGGAUGCUGGGUGGAGUUCCGCGGGCUGUUGUUUCUGAUGUGGGAUUGUUUAUUCGGUGGACUAUCCAGCGUAGAGAAGAAACGAGGUUGGAGCAGGAUUAUCAAAUGGAGGAGGGCUAA